CGGUCGUUGGCAAUCUGCUGCAAUUGGGAAGAACGCCUCCAUUUAAACGCUUCAUGGAAUGGCGGAAGACGUAUGGUGAUACGUUUCUGGUUCAGAUGGGCAGUGAUUAUCCCCUGGUGGUCAUGCAUGACUACAACACCAUCAAAAAAGCCCUGAACGACGAGGUUACCGCCGGACGGGAUCAGGGAUUUGUUUUCCUUAAAGAACUUGCAGGAAAAGGCCUAAUAUUAACGCAGGGAGAUGUAUGGAAAGAACAGCGUCGUUUUGUUAUUUCCACGCUGCGAGACUGGUUGGAGGAUAAUAUUAUCGGUGAAGUGGAGGAUAUGUGCAGAGUCUUGAGACAGCUCAAUCAACAGCCCUUUGAUCCCAAGACACUGUUAUCCCACUCGGUGUCCAACGUCAUUUGUGCCCUUGGUGUAUUUAUAUCUCUUAAUAACUCUGUACCAGUGGCAGUAGCGGAAAAUGUCCAAGUUAGGACAGUUUUCGGAAAACGGUUUGAUCGAUUUGGCAAAUUGUCGACGCUAUUCGCCGAAAAUGUGCAGGUCAUUGGUCCCAUUCUGACAAUAGUGCAGGCGUUUCCUAUCCUACAAUUUACACCCGGGCCAUUUCGCCGUGCUGUUAAAAUCGCCCAACGAAAUGUUGCCGAACAACACUCAUUCUGCAAACAGUUGAUCAGUGAACACCAAAGCCAAUCCUCAUCGGAGAGUGCGGAUGAUGACAUUGAUGGCUACCUAAAAGAGGCCCAAGAACAAACACGAAAAGGCAUUGUUAACAGCACCUUUACAGAAGAGCAGCUGGUCAUCUCCGUAUUGAACUUGUUCGGCGCCGGAACGGAAACAACAGCAACAACCACACUCCGGGCGUUGAUCUUUCUCCUGGAGAAUCCGGACGUCAUGAGCAAAAUGCAGAAGGAAAUCGACGACCAUAUACCGCGCGAUCGCUCUAUUCGGAUGGAAGACAAAGGUAUGCUGCCCUACACCGAAGCCGCAAUUCUGGAAAUCCAGCGCUGCGCCAGUCUCGUACCACUAGGAGUUUUCCACCAGACACUGGCGGGUAUGGUGAUUGACGGAUACAAUGUCCCCAAGGGUACACUGUUGGCUGCCAAUCUGUACAGUAUCCAUCACGAUCCGCGCUACUGGAAGAAUCCGGCCUGCUUCGAUCCUAAUCACUUUCUGGACGCUGAGGGAAAGGUGGUACAUCCUGCAGCCGGGUUCGCUCCUUUUGAAAUUGGUACGCAAAGGUCAUGCCUGGGAGAAGCUCUGGCCAAGAUGGAACUGCAUCUCUUUAUUGCCAACAUAGUCAAGAAUUUCAAUGUGGAAAACGAGCUGGGAAAGAAAAAUUUCCCAUGAAAAUUACGUUUCCAGCGUCAUUAUCGGUCCAUCGCCUUAUAAAAUAGUUUUUAUUCCACGA